AUGGCGCCAGUACCAGAUACAUCAAAAGACAAUUCUACAGCAACCCAACAACUGAACACAAAGGAUGUUUCCACAACUAAUAAAUCGAUAGAGAAAGAGGAAGAAUUGAGUGAAGAAGAUCAACAAUUAAGAGAUGAAUUAGAAUUGUUAGUGGAAAGAUUGACUGAACCUGAUCAUAAUGAAAAAGAAUAUGAUGAAUUCUUAGAAUCAUUGAAAAAAUUCAUACAAGAGUCAACCACAUCAAUGACUGCAGUUCCAAAACCAUUGAAAUUUUUAAGACCAAGUUAUCCAUCUUUAACUGAAUUAUAUGAAAAAUGGUCUGAAAAAUACGGUCAAAGUAAUACAAUUGUUGCAAAAUUGGCAGAUAUUUUAUCAGUUUUGGCCAUGACUUAUUCAAAUGAAGGCAAAAAGGAAUCAUUGAAAUAUAGAAUUUUAUCAAAUGAUGAUACUAUAGCAGAUUGGGGUCACGAAUAUUUGCGUCAUUUAGCAUUAGAAAUUGGUGAAUCUUAUCAAGAAAAUUUGGGAGUAGAUGAGGAUUUAGUAUCAAAAUUAACCAAAUUAGCUUUAAAAAUUGUACCAUUUUUUUUGAAUCACAACGCAGAAGCAGACGCAGUUGAUUUAUUACUUGAAAUAGAAUCAAUAGAUAAAUUACCAGGAUUUGUUGAUGAUAACACUUACGCUAGAGCAUGUCUUUAUGUAACUAGUGUGGUUCCAUACUUAGCACCUCCAGAUGAUAUCUCGUUCUUAAACACUGCUUUUGCCAUCUAUUUAGCUCAUGGACAAUUGACACAAGCUUUGACUAUAGCCAUAAAAUUGGAUGACAACGAAUUGAUACAGCAAGUGUUUGAUUCUACAAAAGAUGAUUUAGUCCAUAAACAAUUAGGAUUUAUUUUAUCACAACAAAAUAGUAGCUUCAAAUUACCAGAUGACAAUCAAGAAGUACAAGAAACUAUAAGUAAUGUCAAAUUGGCAGAUUACUUUCAAUAUCUCAUAAAAGAAUUAAACUUAUUAGACCCAAAGGUUCCAGAAGAUAUUUACAAAUCUCAUUUAGAAAAUUCCAAAUUUGGUUUGGGUACAUCAGGUUCCAUUGACUCAGCUAAACAAAAUUUAGCUGCAGCAUUUGUCAAUUCAUUCAUAAAUCUUGGUUUUGGUAAAGAUAAAUUGGUACAAACUGAAGAAGAUAAUAAAUCCUGGAUAUACAGAACGAAAGGUAAAGGUAUGGUAUCUACUACUGCUUCAUUAGGUUCUCUUCAUCAAUGGAAUGUAAAUGAAGGGUUACAAGUGUUGGACAAAUAUACUUAUUCAGAUGAUCCGGAAGUUAAAGCUGGUGCAUUAUUGGGAACUGGUAUUGUUUCAGCAAAUGUUCAUGAUGAUGUUGAUGCUGCUCUUGCCUUAUUACAAGAAUACGUACAUGACUCAAACAAAUUAUAUCAAACUUCAGCGAUCAAUGGUUUGGGUAUAGCAUUUGCAGGUUCUGCUAAUGAAGAAGUUUUAAAUUUAUUAUUACCAUUGGUGUCGGAUUUAGAUGCACCUCUUGAAGUUUCAUGCUUAGCAGCGUUAGCUUUAGGUCAUACAUUUGUAGGAACUUGUCAUGGAGAUAUCACAUCUACUAUUUUGCAAACUUUAUUGGAAAGAGAUUUUACUCAAUUGACCAACAAAUUCAUAAAAUUUAUGGCAUUAGGGUUAGGUUUAUUGUAUAUGGGUAAAACCGAACAAGUCGAAGAUGUUUUGGAAACAAUUGAUGCUAUUGAACAUCCUAUCAGCAAAACUUUGAAAGUUUUGGUAAAUAUAUGUGCAUAUGCUGGAACUGGUAAUGUUCUACAGAUUCAAGCUUUAUUACAAAUGUGUACAGCAAAACCAAAGAGUCAAUUGGACGAAGAAAAAAAAUUAGAACAAUCUGAGGAAGAUCAACAAAAAGCUGAAGGAACAACCAACGUAGAUACAGAUGGGGAUAUUGAGAUAGAAGAUGCUGAAGAACAACCAGAAGAGAAAAAAGAGGAAGGAGAAGCUUCCAAAUCCGAAAAGAAAGAAAACGUGGAAGAUGAUGACGAUGAAAGUGACGAAGUCGAAGAAGAUGAGGAAUUAUAUCAAGGUAUUGCUGUUCUAGGAUUAGCAUGUAUAGCAAUGGGGGAAGACAUUGGACAAGAUAUGUCAUUACGUCAUUUCAGUCAUUUGAUGCAUUAUGGAAAUUCGUUGAUACGUAGAGCUGUUCCUUUAGCUAUGGGACUAGUAUCAGUUUCAAAUCCUCAAAUGAAAGUUUUUGAAACUUUAUCAAGAUAUUCUCACGAUCCUGACUUAGAAGUUGCACAAAAUGCUAUUUAUUCCAUGGGUCUUGUAGGUGCUGGUACUAAUAACGCUAGAUUAGCUCAAUUAUUAAGACAAUUAGCUUCAUAUUAUAUCAAAUCACCGGAAUCAUUAUUCAUGGUAAGGAUAGCUCAAGGUAUUUUACAUUUGGGUAAAGGUACUUUAACAUUAUCACCAUAUAACUUGGAAAGAACUGUUUUGUCAAAUACAUCAUUAGCAUCAUUGUUAACAGUUGCUAUAGCAUUGUUAGAUCCAAGAGCUUUCAUACUAAAUGACUCUACUAAUGAAACCACUCAUGAAUUAUUGUAUUAUUUAACCCCUGCAGUCAAACCAAGAAUGUUAAUCACAGUUGAUGAGAAUUUAGAACCAUUGAAAGUCAAUGUAAGAGUAGGUCAAGCUGUUGAUGUUGUUGGACAAGCAGGUAAACCAAAAACAAUUACAGGUUGGGUCACACAAUCAACGCCCGUGCUAUUAAAUUAUGGUGAACGUGCUGAAUUAGAAAACACAGAUGAAUGGAUAAGUUUGAGUAAUUCCUUAGAAGGAAUUGUAAUAUUGAAAAAGAAUCCAGACUUUAUGGAGGUAGAUACAUAA